UGGAUAAAAUAGCCUUGAAUUCCAAGGUGACAACAUAACUCAAGAAGCAACUAGAAUUCUCUGGACAAAAUAGCCAUUCCAAGGACAACAAAACUCAACCACAGCUAAGAUCAUCAUCAGCUCUUUCAAAUUCAACGGUCAAUUUCCGCAGAAAAGUAAUGGAGCUAAAACCCGGCCUUUCAGCUCUGGUCACUGGUGGAGCUUCUGGAAUUGGAAAAGCUCUUAGCUUGGCUCUUGGAGCGAAGGGAAUAUUUGUGACGGUGGUCGAUUUAUCUGAAGAAAAGGGAAAGGAAGUUGCAUCCCUUGUUCAGAAGGAGAAUGCCAAGUUCCAUACCAGUUUAGGUUUUCCAUCUGCCUUGUUUGUGAAAUGCGACGUGACUGAUGCAGGAAAUAUAGCUGCUGCGUUUGAGAAACAUUUAGCAACAUUUGGAGGAUUGGAUAUCUGUAUUAACAGUGCAGGCAUCAUUAAUCCCAUACCAUUCCAUAAGGAUCAAACUGACGGUAGUCGCUCAUGGAGACUAACAGUUAACUUGAAUCUGAUUGCAGUUAUUGAUUGCACUCGCCUUGCGAUUAAAACCAUGCAAGCGAUGCAAAAGCCUGGCGUAAUUAUCAAUAUGGGUUCUGCUGCAGGUCUUUACCCGCUUUAUGGUGACCCAAUCUACUCUGGCUCAAAAGGCGGUGUUGUCCAGUUUACUAGAUCUCUGGUUCCCUACAAGCAUCAAGGGAUUCGGAUCAAUGUGCUUUGUCCUGAAUUUGUUGAAAGAACUGACAUGGGCUUAAAGGCGGGUUCUAAAUUUGUUAGUAUAAUGGGCGGCUUUGUCCCUAUGGAAAUGGUAGUGAAAGGUGCUUUUGAGCUUAUUACUGAUGAGAGUAAAGCUGGUUCAUGCCUAUGGAUUACCAAUCGAAGGGGCAUGGAAUAUUGGCCAACUCCCGCAGAAGAAGCAAAAUACUUGAUUAGCCAGACGAAAAGAGCUGCGACAAAUGCUCCAUUCCAAGCUCCUUUGAAUCCUCAACUUCCACAAAGUUUUGAGAAAUUAGUUGUUCACACCUUGAGUCACAAUUUUCGUAAUGCUACUGGCAUAGUGCGCGCACCUUUGAGAUUACCCACUAAACCAGACCACGUUCUUGUGAAAGUCAUAUAUGCUGGCGUAAAUGCUAGUGAUGUAAAUUACAGCUCAGGACGUUAUUUUAGUGGAAGCAACAAAGAUCUUGAAUCCCAGCUUCCAUUUGAUUGUGGUUUCGAGGCUGUGGGGAUAAUCGCAGCAGUUGGGGAAUCUGUCACUAACUUGAAAGUUGGUACUCCAGCUGCAAUCAUGACUUAUGGAAGUUAUGCAGAAUUCACGAUGGUGCCUUCAAAACACAUCCUUCCUGUGGAAAGACCAGAUCCAGAAGUUGUCGCUAUGCUUACUUCAGGGCUGACUGCAUCAAUCGCUCUAGAAAAGGCGGGAGCGGGACAACUGGAAUCUGGAAAAGUAGUUCUUGUUACUGCUGCUGCUGGAGGGACUGGACAAUUUGCAGUCCAGCUUGCAAAGCUAGCUGGAAAUACUGUGGUUGCAACUUGUCGAGGUGAAGAAAAGGCGAAGCAUUUGAAAGAAUUGGGGGUGGAUCGAGUCAUAGACUAUAAAGCUGAAGAUAUCAAGACUGUUCUAAAGAAGGAGUUUCCCAAAGGCGUUGACAUUAUCUAUGAGUCUGUAGGUGGUGACAUGUUCGAUUUGUGCCUGAAUGCUCUUGCGGUUUAUGGACGACUCAUAGUGAUCGGAAUGAUUUCUCAGUAUCAAGGAGAGCAUGGGUGGAAGCCAUCAAACUACCCAGGACUUUGCGAAAAGCUCUUAGCGAAAAGCCAAACUGUGGCUGGUUUCUUCCUCUUGCAAUACAGUCACUUCUGGCAAGAACAUCUGGAUAAACUAUUUCAUCUUUUCUCCAUGGGAAAGCUGAAGGUUUCUUUAGACCCAAAACAAUUUUUGGGUGUACAUUCUGUUGCAGAUGCCGUGGAAUAUCUCCAUUCUGGUAAAAGUGUAGGAAAGGUUGUUGUUUGCAUUGAUCCUACCUUUAGCCAACAAACGGCAAGAUUAUGAGCAGAUGUUGCCUUGCAGCUUCCCAGGCGUAUUUUCUUUCCUUUCUCAAUAAUAAACACUUAAGAGUGAGAAAGAAGAAAAAUAUAUGUACACGAGAACGAAACAAUUGUGAAACUUUUCAAGGACAAAGUACAAAAGAAUAAAACUAUAUUACCGGUUGCAAGUAUACAGAGAGAACAAAACUAUUUUGGUUAGAAGGUACUUAUUUGUUCUGUCAUCUUGUCAUAUAUGACUAUAUAUAUAUGGGCCACAUUGAAUGCCUUCUUUUGUAUCAUUAUUUGAAUAAAGGGGAUUUUGGAAGGAUAA